CGUUGAAAUUUGAAAAAUUGAUCAGCUGCUAUACACAGCUUGAGCUUGUGGGAAAUUUCCUCACAUCGAGCUGAUGACGUCGAAUCUUGACUUGUCUGAGUAUCUUCCGUAUAUAUAAUUACUCGUCCGUCUGCUAUGUCUUUUUCAAUAAAACCCCCAUCUAUUCAUUGACAACCAUAACACACUCAUGGUAGACAAAUUGAGCAAAGGGCAAGAAGUAUCGUGGAAAUGGGGUGGUGGAAAUCCCUCUGGUGUUAUCGAAGAAAUCGUGGCUGACGGCAAAGUAGAGGUCACCAGCAACAAAGGGAACACUGUCACGCGUACUGCUCGAGGCGAAGACGAUCCUGCGGUAAAAAUCAGUCGCAAAGGCAACGAUGUCGUAAAAUUGGCGCAUGAAUUGAACGAGGUCAAAGAUUCUGAAUAGUUAGCAGUGCGAAUGUAACUUAUAUGAAUGACCCGGAACACAUAAUCCUUCAUCAUGUAUCUCCCUUGUAGAGACUAGAGCAAUUCAAUCAUCCAGG